AUGGCAUCAGAAUCAACAUAUUGGUCGUACGACAACAUUGUUCCAUCAUAUAGAUUAGAUGGAAGACUAGCUAUUUUAACUGGUGGGUCUGGUGGCUUGGCCGCAGUAGUUGCAAGAGCACUUUUAGCUAAAGGUGCAGAUAUCGCAUUAAUUGAUAUAAAUUUGGAAAGAACUCAACAAUCAGCAAAAGAUAUAUUGAUAUGGGGUGAAGAAAACAUGAAGGGUAAAAAUGAAUCGGCUAUUGGUCAAGUUAGUGCUUGGUCAUGCAACAUUGGUGAUGCCGAAUCGGUGGAGUUGACAUUCAAGGCAAUCAAUGAACAUCACAACAAUGUAGCUGAUAUUUUGAUAAACUCGGCUGGUUAUGCUGAAAACUUUCCCGCUGAAGAGUACCCAGCUGCAAAUGCCGAAUCCAUAAUGAAAGUUAACGGUUUAGGUGCAUUCUAUGUUUCUCAAGCAUUUGCAAGACCAUUAAUUGCUCACAAUAAGGGUGGCUCAAUUAUUUUGAUUGGAUCUAUGUCCGGUACUAUUGUUAACGACCCACAGCCUCAGUGUAUGUACAAUAUGUCCAAAGCUGGAGUUAUACAUUUAUCGCGAUCAUUAGCUUGUGAAUGGGCCAAGUACAAUAUCAGAGUUAAUACGUUGUCACCUGGAUACAUUUUGACUCCAUUGACAAGAAACGUCAUCAGUGGUCAUACUGAAAUGAAGACACAAUGGGAAUCAAAGAUUCCAAUGAAGAGAAUGGCUGAACCUAAGGAGUUUGUUGGAUCCAUUUUAUACUUGGCUUCUAAUACUGCCUCUUCAUACACGACAGGCCACAAUUUGGUCGUAGAUGGUGGUUACGAAUGUUGGUAA